GAAGACAAAACAUCAUUCUUUCUAAAGUUUUUGAGGUUUUUCACUUAUCCCUAUCAACGCUGAGGCCAAAACCCAACAUUUCCCUUGCCACUCCCCUUUGUUCCUUCACUCUGCACAACCUCAACUGGAACCUCACAUACUCAACUGUGUCAAAGUUCAUAAAUUUCCCAAAAUUUUGGACCCCCUUUUGCUUCCCAAAUCUACUGUUACCACUGAUUUAUAGUUUUGAAUUUGGGUUUCAUAGCUUGGAAACCGAAGGAAAAUGGAGAACCUUAACUUGGCUCUUGUUUCUUCCCCAAAACCUCUGCUUUUGGGACAUUUUUCUGCAAUCAGAAGAAAACCCUUCUCUUUUGGGAGGGUCUUAAUUGCCCCUCACCAUUCCAGAUACCGUGUCUCUGCUUUCUCUCGUUCUCAUGUUACCAGGGCUGCUUCUAAAUCCCAAUAUGACCCAAAAUCUGUGCAGGAGAAGCUGAUAGUCAAUCAUUUUGCCAGCAUUUCUUCUUCAAAAGGUCAAGAAACAACAUCAAUUGGAGUUAAUCCACAAUUAUCACCACCUCCAUCUUCAACUAUAGGGUCACCUCUCUUCUGGAUUGGUGUUGGUGUUGGGCUUUCUGCAAUAUUUUCAAUGGUAGCUACAAGAUUAAAGAAAUAUGCAAUGCAACAAGCUUUCAAGACAAUGAUGGGCCAGAUGAGUUCACAAAAUAACCAAUUCGACAGUGCUGCCUUUUCUCCUGGAUCACCAUUUCCCUUCUCAAUGCCUUCAGCUUCAGGGCCUUCUACAGCUGCUGAAUCUCGAGCACCUUCUGCACCAAGUGCAGCUCAAUCUACUGUCACAGUAGAUGUACCUGCAGCAAAAGUAGAAGCGGGCCCAACUACCAAUGUUAAUGAUGAAGUGGAAGUAAAGAAAGAACCCAAAAGAAUUGCUUUUGUAGAUGUUUCUCCGGAAGAAACUGAGCAGAAGAGUCCUUUUGAAAGUUUUAAAGAUGAUGAAUCAAAUUCAGUCAAGGAAGCCCAUGUUCCAGAGGAAGCUUCUCAAAAUGGAGCUCCCUUUAACCAAGGUUUUGGUGCUUCACCUGGUUCUCAAUCUACAAGAAAAUCAGUCUUAUCAGUGGAUGCUUUGGAAAAAAUGAUGGACGACCCAACAGUGCAGAAGAUGGUGUAUCCCUAUUUACCUGAGGAGAUGAGGAACCCUACUACCUUCAAAUGGAUGCUGCAGAAUCCACAGUACCGUCAACAACUUGAAGAAAUGCUAAACAACAUGAGCGGAAGCACUGAAUGGGACAGCCGAAUGAUGGACACCUUAAAGAAUUUUGACCUUAAUAGUCCUGAAGUUAAGCAACAAUUUGAUCAAAUUGGGCUUUCUCCAGAAGAAGUCAUUUCAAAGAUUAUGGCCAAUCCUGAAGUUGCAAUGGCAUUUCAAAAUCCUAAAGUUCAAGCAGCUAUCAUGGAUUGUUCACAGAAUCCAAUGAAUAUUACUAAAUAUCAAAAUGAUAAGGAGGUCAUGGAUGUCUUCAAUAAAAUAUCAGAACUCUUCCCUGGAGUGUCAGGUUCACCUUGAUUCAUUCUUAUGUUGCUGUUUGCGGGGUCAAGUUAUUCAUGCCAUCCCUGAUGAAACAAUGGGAUUUCCUCUGCCUAACCACAUGGAACUAUGAAAAACUCUUCUCAUGGCUGUACACUGCAGGCUCAUGGUUACAGCUCCGUUGUGACAUAGGGACAAUAACUGUGGCUGGCCUGGCCUAAUUAUUGCCAUAGUUUUUGGAUUUUUGGUUUUGCUAAAAUAGUUGAGAUUGUAUAUUGAUCAAUUUAAAAUCAUUGAGGCAUUGCAAAUGCAGUGUAGUUUUCUCUACUUGCGAUGAGUUCUUAGACGUAGUUAAUUUGGACUUUAGGUAUCAAAAAAAAUAUGUGAAUGUCUCACAUAAUCUUUCAUAAAGCAUGAGCUGCAUGAGAUUAAACUAUAUUGUAAGCGACCAAACACGCGCGUCAAUUGCUCAAUACUUCAUAGCGAACCACAUAAUCAAGGGUUAUUAUUCAUUGGACAUAUCAAUGAUCUUAGUAUAAAAUUGAUUUUUGUAGCUUAGAAGUUUGACUGUCCUUUCAUGUUGUAUUUCACACUUCGUGGUUGACUGGUUGGUAAAGGCAAUUACUAGACCAAAAAAGGACAUGUGGCCAAACCAAAAGCCUAUGUGACAUGUUGGUAAACUCUAUCCUUUCGUCUGCGAGGGUUCUUGUGGACAUUCUCGUUCAUGAUGAAAAUCCAAACGUUUGUAU